AUGGCAGCCCGGGCGUCUACCUCGAGCACGAGCGGCCCCUCCUCCAACGGCAAGCCCGCCGACUAUGUAUACUUCGACCGCAGCACGUCUGGUUUCUCGAGCGAUGCGGUCCCGCGCGCCAAGGCUGCGCAGCUCAAGCUGGAGCACUUUUACAAGCUCGCCGUGGAUGCGGCGGUCGAGCGGAAUCAGCGGUGUGUUGGGGACAUGCUGAUGCCUGAGGAGCGGAAGCAACGCCAACUGCAGCAGCUGGGGAAGAAGGAAUCGACCUUCCUCCGCAUGAAGCGCACCAAGCUGGGCGUGGACGACUUCAGGACGGUCAAGGUCAUUGGCAAGGGCGCCUUCGGCGAGGUCCGCCUUGUGCAGAAGAGGGAUACGGGAAAGAUCUAUGCUAUGAAGUCCCUCAACAAGCAGGCGAUGUUGCAGAAGGACCAGCUCGCACACGUUCGCGCUGAGCGCGACGUCCUUGCGCAGUCAAACUCUCCUUGGGUUGUAGAGUUGUUCUACUCAUUCCAGGAUCCCUUGUACCUGUACCUGGUCAUGGAGUUCCUCCCUGGUGGAGAUCUCAUGACUAUGCUCAUCAAGUACGAUACCUUCUCGGAGGACGUUACUCGGUUCUAUAUCGGCCAGUGCGUGCUCGCCAUAGAAGCCGUGCAUAAGCUUGGCUUCAUUCACCGAGACAUCAAGCCGGACAACAUCUUGAUAGACAAGGAGGGCCACAUCAAGCUGAGCGACUUCGGUCUAUCCACUGGCUUCCACAAGCAACACGACUCCAAAUACUACCAACGCCUACUGGAGCAAUCCAACCAGCAGCAAACCUCGGCGAAUAACGCACGCAAUAGUGUGCUCGUCAAUUCUAUCAACCUCACUAUGACACGGAAGGACCAGAUCGCGACGUGGAAGGCGAACAGGAGAAAGCUCGCCUACUCUACUGUCGGCACCCCGGACUACAUCGCGCCGGAGAUCUUCAUGCAGCAGGGCUACGACAAGGCGUGCGAUUGGUGGUCGCUGGGCGCGAUCAUGUUCGAGUGCCUUGUCGGCUACCCGCCGUUCUGCUCGCAGACGACGCACGAGACGUACCAGAAGAUCAUGGACUGGCAGCGUCACCUUGUCUUCCCCGACGACGUGCAUCUCAGCCGCGAGUCGGAAGACCUCGUCCGGAGGAUGAUCUGCGGCGCAGACCGCCGUCUCAACGUCGAGCAGAUCAAGAACCACACGUUCUUCUACGGUGUUGAGUGGGACGCGAUCCGUCAAAUCGACCCGCCAUUCGUACCGCAGCUACGGUCGAUCACGGACACGACCUACUUCCCUACGGACGAGAUCGAGCAGGGCGUCGUCGAAGACACCGCUCCCGACACCAACUCCGGCAGCGACCUCGCGUUUUUGGGAUAUACCUUCAAACGCUUCAACAUCGGGCACUAA